AUGAGAUGUACACUAUUGAGAGGAACGCCGAACGGACAGCCUCCGCGGGUAGACUGCUCUAUGACAUGUUUGUGAAUUUUCCAGACCAACCCGCAGUGUGGCGAGAGAUCAGUGUUAUUACAUCAGCGUUAAGGAACGACUCCCAGGACAAGCAGACACAGUUUUUAAGAGGAUUAUUUGAGACCCUUCCUGGUAGAGUCCAAUGUGAAAUGUUACUAAAGGCCACAGAGCAGUGUUUUAACACACUGGAAAGGGCAGAAAUGCUCCUGCUCCUUCUGCGGCGCUUCCCAGAGACUGUGGUACAACACGGGGUAGGCCUUGGAGAAACCUUAUUAGAAGCUGAAAGUAUUGAAGACCAAGAAUCCCCAGUGAAUUGUUUUAGAAAACUAUUUGUAUGUGAUGUUCUUCCUCUAAUAAUCAACAACCCUGAUGUUCGGCUUCCUGCCAGCUUGCUAUAUAAAUAUCUGAAUAAAGCAGCAGAAUUUUAUAUCAACUAUGUAACUCGAUCUACACAGACUGAAAGCCAGUAUCAAGGUUCACAAGAUUCUGCUGAUAUUUUGUCUCCAAGCAAACGUAGCUCUCAGAAAUAUGUAAUAGAUGGUCUCACAGAGAAAUCAUCCCAGAUUACAGAUCCUUGGGAGAGGCUAUUUAAAAUAUUGUCUGUGGUGGGAAUGAGGUGUGAAUGGCAAAUGGAUAAAGGAAGAAGAAGUUUUGGUGAUAUUUUGCAUAGAAUGAAAGACCUCUGCAGGUACAUCAGUAACUUUGAUAGCGAUGCACAUGCUAAAUACAAGAAUCAAGUAGUGUAUUCCACGAUGUUGGUCUUCUUUAAAAAUGCAUUCCAGUAUGUCAGCAACAUCCAGCCAUCUCUCUUUCAAGGUCCAAAUGCUCCAAACCAAGCCCCACUGAUUCUUCUUGAGGAUGUGACCAACAUCUAUGGUGAUACAGAUAUUGAUCGUAACAAACACAUACACAAAAAGAGGAAACUUGCAGAAGGAAGAGAGAAAACAAUGCAGAGCUCAGACGAUGAGGAUCCUUCUGGGAAGGGGCGAAGUCGCCAUAUUGCAGUAAAUAAGGCAGAUCUUGCAAACUCUAUUGAAGUAUUGGAGAGCUUUAAACUGGCAAGAGAGAGCUGGGAGCUGCUCUAUUCCCUGGAAUCACUCGAUAAAGAGUUCACCAGAAUUUGUUUGUCAUGGAAGACGGACACUUGGCUUUGGUUAAGAAUCUUUCUUACAGAUAUGAUCAUCUACCAGGGACAAUACAAAAAAGCGAUUAGCAGCCUACAUCACUUGGCAGCUCUUCAGGGCUCUCAUUCGCCGCAGCAAAUUACAGGACAAGGCUCGCUAGAAAAUCAGAGAGCGCUGAUCCAGUUAGCAACUUGCCACUUUGCCCUUGGAGAAUAUAGGCAAACAUGCGAAAAAGUGCUUGACCUCAUGUGCUAUAUUUUACUUCCAAUACAAGAAGGAGGUAAAGUACAAGAGGAGCAACCUAAAGUCAAGUCUAAAUUCAGGAAAGGGUCUGAUUUGAAGCUUUGGCCGUGUACCAGUAGAGCUAUCAUGCCCUAUUGCCUUCAUCUGUUACUGGCUUGUUUCAAGCUUAGAGCUUUCACAGACAGCAGAGAUGAUAUGGCAUUGGGCCAUGUCGUUGUUUUGCUUCAGCAUGAAUGGCCGAGAGGUGAAAACUUGUUCCUGAAAGCCAUCAACAAAAUCUGCCAACAAGGAAACUUCCAGUAUGAGAAUUUUUUCAACUAUGUUACAAAUAUUGAUAUGCUGGAGGAAUUUGCUUAUUUAAGAACACAGGAAGGAGGGAAAAUUCAUCUGGAAUUGUUGCCAAAUCAAGCACUGUUGAUCAAGCAUCACACAGUUACCCGGGGUAUAACCAAAGGAGUGAAGGAAGAUUUCCGCCUGGCCAUGGAGCGCCAGGUUGCACGCUGUGGGGAAAAUCUCAUGGUGGUCUUGCACAGGUUCUGCAUUAAUGAGAAAAUACUGCUGCUUCAGACUCUUGCUUGAAUGGACUGGACCGUGAUGCAAUGUCUCUUAUGGAGAGAGGGGAAGGCUCUUGAAUUAAGAGCAGCACCACUGUGGAAAAUCACUUGUCCAUAUAAUCACAACUUCCGUAUCAGUUGCAGGUUCUGCAGUACACAAACACUGCUUAGUGUUUGCUCACUGCUAAGUUUUCUUACAGGGGUAGAUCAAACUUUAUAAAUAAAACUUUAAGAAGUC